AUGAGUGAUUAUAUUGGAAACCAACAGAUACCCACACCUGGCACGAGCAAACCAUCGACUCCAACUGAGAUAAAAGCAAGCUUAAGUUUGGAACAACUUGAUACACAGAUAAUUAGUGCAAUUGUCCAGGAUGAAUUAUCUAUCGAUGGAGCAAACAAUUUACAAGCAUUAAAGAGGUCUGUUCCAUAUAAAACAUCUAUGGCUACUAUAACGUUCAAUGGAACAAUUUGGGAAAAGGUUGAUGCCGUUGCAAGUGCAGGUUUUGAUGGAAUUGAAAUCAUGACGCCAGAUUUGGAUGAGAUUACUCCUCAAGAGUUAUAUCAAUACUGUCAAUCUAAAAAACUUGAAAUCACCGUAUUACAACCAUUCAGGGAUUUAGAAGGGUAUGAUGAUGAAAGUAAAUUCCAAAAAAAACUUGAAGAAUUGGAGCGCACAUUCAAGGUGAUGAAGGAACUCCAUACGGACCUCUUGAUGUGCUGUGCUAAUUGUUUACCUGAAUCUGAAAUUUCGCUGGAUGAAUCUACAAUCAUUCAACAAUUGACAGCAGCAGCAGACUUAGCUGCGAAAUAUAACAUCCGUAUUGCAUACGAGAACUUGAGUUGGGCGACUCACAUUUUCACAUUGGAUAAGUUGUGUCACAUCGUGAGAAAGGUUAACAGACCAAACUUUGGGUUGUGCUUGGAUACCUUCCACAUCAACAUUCACAACUCAUCACUUGACCUUAUUGAUAACAUGGGUGAUAAAAUCUUCUUUGUUCAAUACUGUGAUGCCCCAAUUCUCAAAUUAAACACCAUAAUAGAAUAUGCUAGAAACUAUAGAGUUUUCCCAGGUCAAGGUGAGUAUUCUAACAUAGUGGGGAUGCUUGCAAAGAUUUACAACAAUGGAUACAGAGGAUACUUAUCUUUAGAAGUUUUCAAUGCCUCAUUCAGAGAACACACGGGGCGUUGUAAGCUUGUUGCAGACGAUGCUUUAAGAGGAUUACUAUACUUACAAACGGUCUUCUGCAACCAAUACUUAGGUAAACAGAUACUUGCAAGUUUUAAAAUCGAGUAUGCCUCCAUGAGCACCUCCAUCACAUCUGAAUGUACUGGCCGUCCUUUCUCCUGGUCUGAUUUAACUUUUCACAUGGAUCAGUCCUCCCAAGCACUCUUCAAACACAAUUGCGAAACCCUAGGCUACUCGAACUACUACAACACCCAACCAUCAUCUUCCGACAUCUCUGCUUCUAUGUUGUCCCCAUUACAAUCAUCAUCUAUUUCCAGAAUCAUAUUAAAAGUCAAUAAUAGACUAGAAUACAAUAGACAAUGCCUAUUCAUAAGGUCAGUAUUUGGAAUGUCCCAUAUACAUAACGAUCCGUACAAUGCUGCUACCGAUUUUGGUCUCCCCAUCGUGUCUACUUUUGGCUACACUUCUGGCGGGUUAAUCAUUACAUUGAGCCUCAACCAAGAAUGA